CAAAAUUGAUAACUGGUGGAAUAAAGGAAUAGGACCAUUAAAUUACGCCACAGCGCAUAUCGCGAUGCGCACGCACGCGUAGGAAUACAAUCAAAUUUCGAUGGAGACAGAGUUGCUGCGCUACAAGGCUAUCUUGCCGUAAGAGAGUGGAACCUCCCUUCCUCGUCGCUGGUGUGUGCGACCCCCAACUGGACACAUUUAAGAUAUCCAGUUCUACCACAGUCGAGAUCUUGUAAAAGUGUUGGUAGUGCUUGUUUACUCCUUUUCUGCUGCUACUGGCUUCUUAAAAUGGCAUCUGGAGUAACUGUAGCUGAUGUCUGUAAGACAACAUAUGAAGAAAUUAAAAAAGACAAAAAACAUCGAUAUGUAAUUUUUUACAUUAAAGAUGAGAAGCAAAUUGAUGUAGAAGUCGUUGGAGCUCGAGAUGCAGCUUACGACAAUUUCCUUGAAGAUUUGCAGAAAGGUGGUAGUGGAGAAUGUCGUUAUGGUCUUUUUGAUUUCGAGUAUACUCAUCAAUGCCAGGGAACCUCUGAGGCUUCCAAGAAACAAAAAUUAUUUUUGAUGUCGUGGUGUCCUGACACAGCUAAAGUAAAGAAGAAGAUGUUGUACUCAAGUUCGUUCGAUGCCUUAAAGAAAUCUCUUGUUGGCGUCCAGAAGUAUAUUCAGGCAACAGAUCUUUCGGAAGCAUCGGAAGAAGCUGUCGAAGAAAAGCUGCGUGCUACAGACAGGAAUUAAAAAUGAAUUCCAAGAAUAUCUCCAAGAAGCGAUAAUUUUACAAAAAAAAAAAAGAAAAAAAAUAUAAAAACGUAAACGAAAAACGUGAAAUCGAGCGGAUACGUUUUCAUUUCUCCCGAGCAAACGCUCCGUUUUACAUCGCAUCGGAGGUUCAUCUUUUUACACAUUUUUCACAUAAUAUUAAUAAUAUUAAUAAUAUUAAUAAUAAUAAUAAUUAAUUAAUUAUUAAUGAUAAUGAUAAUAAUAAUAAUAAAAAGAGAAACAAAA